AUGACAUCAACAUCACGACAAGACGACAUCGGGCAUCUGCUGACUCUGACUCUCCUCUCCGCCCUCCGGCCUCCGCGAGUGCUGAUCGUCGAGAAUUUAAAUCGCAUCAACGAAACCACAGACAUCUCAAUGAAUUUGCAAUCCGAACAUCUUGGCGAGUCUUUCAACUCAAGAAGUUCCAAAAAAGAAACAGAAAACCAGGUUCUUACAGCUGGUAACAAACAAGUUUUAAACGAAAAAGUAAAUAUUAAAGCUUUCCAAAAAUACUUCUGGGGGAGAAGGUUAGAGAAGCAAGUUAAACUGUUUCUGAAGAAUAUAGUUGUCCAGCACAUCCAAAUCAUUGAGGAUGUAAAACUAACAGAGGAAACCUUUCGAUGGUGUAUCUUAUUCUACACCCAGAUUGGAACCGUCAUUGCAGCUUUUGGAAUCUCACAGCUGUUUCAGAGUACAAACUCUCCAAAUUCGGAAACUUUUAGAAUUGGGUUCAUCCUUUUUAAUGGGCUAGGCUGUAUUAAACUCUUAAACUAUUUUGGACAAGUUUUGCAAAAUGAGUCUGAAACGUUGCGCCAAGCUUUGUACAACUGUGACUGGACGGACAAACCUCACAGUUUGAAAAAGGGACUAAUUAUCAUGCAGACAGUAGCGAACAGACCUCUCAAACUGACUAUUGGGGGUAUCUACUCACUCAACAUGGAGACAUUUGCUAGUAUAAUGAGUGCCGUAUACUCGUACAGUGGGUUGACCCAUACCCUGAUAAACAGUUAUCAAGAUAUAUAA